AUGAACCAGCUUUCACCACAACGUUCCUGCAUAACCGAAGACCAAAAAUACCAAGGUGCAUUGUACAAAGAGAAGAACAAAAAACCCAAGAUCAACAACCACAAACCCGACGACUCCCGGUACCAGCAUCAAUACGAUCGACCCAAGAACAUGGCCCUGCAGCCGUAUGUUGAAGACAUGGGGGAGGACGGAGCUUACGAGCCAUGGAACGACUCUAUUGGGCAGACUGAGGACGAACCAUCCCCGGCAGAAGGGCUCCCUGAAGCUCCUACACCUCCUCCCGCCGCUACCGAUCAUCAUAUCAAUGUGUUUGAUUACCUCAUCGCCACCGGCCAGACUCCAAAUGCCUCCAACAUGAACCUCGUCAUGGACCAGCAGGGACCGGAAACUGGUGACGGAAAAUCCUUGGUGCGAUACGAUGGUGAACCCCUAGUUCAGUACGGUUCCGGCCCCGUGCCUACGGAUGCAGCAUUUGUGACUCCCAGUUCUAAGACCGAGCGACGACGAAGCCGAGAGAGAGAGCCCAAGAAGGAUAAGAAGCGCAAGCGUCUCCAUGUUGAUGUUCCUGCGGAUCGAGUCAUGACAGACGCGCCGCCCGUUAUGCACUCCGGGCUUACUGGUAGCUUGAAAGAGAUGAUGCGGCACACGUACCCUCCGUCCCCCGACUAUUCUGGCGGCGAUGUCGGCGGGAAUUCUCCUGCAAGCCCUCUGAAGAAGUCAAAACACUCGAAACAUUCCAAGGGCGGGGGCAUUAGCGACGGGCUGUUCGGUGCCAUGAUGAAUAAGUCGUCCAAGAAGAAGUCAAAGAAGCAUUCUCACCGGCACCCAGAACACAGAGACACCAAGCUAAUUGAAUACCGACCGCAAUCCAAGGACGGCAAGACUGGCGAGGGCCAAGUGGUUGUAUACAAACCACGUGCCGAUGCAUUCCUCUCUUUGGUGAAUAAAGGACCUGAGAGCAAAAAGGGAUGCAGCAUGAAAAAGGCCUUGAAGCAGUUCCAUCGCGUGCGCCAAGACUCCGGUUCCAACUUGCCCAAGGCCACCGAAGAAAAGGAACUUUGGCGAAACUUGCGCCUGCGCCGGAACGAUCGCGGCGAAAUUGUCGUCUUCACUGCCGAGCAUUGA